AUGGAUGAUAUUAAUGAUCUUUCUGAUGGGAUAAAUGAAAUUGAUGACGAUGUCUACGAAAUAGAUUAUGAACAAUUUGUGGAAGAAGAUAGCAAUCCCUCAUUUAGUGAGGAAGACCGCAUUGAUUCAGAAAGUGUCGAAAAUUUUGCUUGGUUUUUCAAUUGCAGAAAGGUGCUCUGCUCCAUCCAAUUCCACCCUAAAUUCCCAAAUAUAUCUCAUUUAGCCAUGGGUGGCUGUAACGACAAAUGUAUCAUUUUCUCCCUGCAAGAAGGCAAAGAAGCUUGUACUAGGGAGAUUGAGGCUAGUGAAACUGUUUCUGUAGUAAGAUAUUCAUCAGAUGGAAAUUAUCUAGCAUAUGCGGUAAUGGAUGGGCAUGUAACAAUUAUGUCUACCAAAAAUGAUAUAAAUGACUAUUUAAAAUACAAUGAAUUUGAAGGACCUGGAUUUAUCGAGUACAUGAGGUGGCAUCAGGAAAAGAAUCUACUGUUGGUAAUAGGUGGCGACCCUAAUAUUUGGUGUUGGUACGAGAAUAGCAUAUACGUGCUUUUUGGAUCAAAUAUGCCAUUGGCUGGUACUUUUUUCUUUAAUUUCGGUGUUGCAGUAGCGUGUCAGGAUGGGAAAGUGCAGAUUUGGUCUAAUCUCACAACAAACAAUAAGUGUGCAAAUGUAUCAAUACAUGAAAUAUCAGGUGUUUCCUCUCAAACCAUAGAAUACUGCAAUGGCGUAUUGGUUGUUGGUCAAAGUAAUGGUAAAAUCUUCUUAGUAAAUCCCACAAAAAAAGUUGUGGAAAAGGUCUACCAAUUUCACUACGAUUCGAUAGAAUCUAUCUCCUAUUGCCCCUCGGGUGUGAAAGAUAAAAUUAUCGCAUCGUCCAGUUUCGAUGGCUCAAUUUUUUUGUGGAAUUUGGAUUCAGGGGUUAAAAUAUCGCAUAUUGAAGAACUUGGAGGUGAGGCUGGAGUGACAAUGACAUUCUGGCAUCCAUCAGCGUAUAUAUUAAUUGUUGGCUAUACCGACGGUUCAAUCUGCGUAUUUAACUGUUUUAAUGGGAAUGUGCUAGUUAAACGAAGGCCUCAUACUGGCCCUUUAAUGGACAUGUCAAUCAAAAUGAUUUCACAAACUGAAUUGCUAAUUGCCAGUGUAGGUCAUGAUGGCAGUGCCAGAAUGUGGCUGCUCAAAACCUAA